AUGCUUCUUAAAAAGAUUAAAAACUCAAAAUUCAAUCUUCCUCCGAGCCCUUCGAGUCUUCCGAUCAUCGGAAACUUACAUCAUCUCGCAGGAUUGCCUCACAGAUGUUUUCAUAACCUCUCUAUCAAAUACGGACCCGUAGUACUUCUUCGUCUCGGUUUUGUUCCAGUGGUUGUGAUCUCAUCGAGUGAAGCAGCUGAAGCCGUUCUCAAAACCCAUGACUUGGAAUGUUGCAGCCGACCAAAGACGGUCGGGACCGGAAAACUCUCUUACGGUUUUAAAGACAUCACUUUUGCGCCUUACGGUUCUUAUUGGCGCGAAAUGCGAAAACUCGCGGUCAUCGAGCUUUUCAGCCUUAAAAAGGUACAAUCUUUUAGGUAUAUAAGAGAGGAAGAAGUCGAAUUUGUGGUGAAGAAAAUGUCGGAAUCGGCUUUGAAACAAACUUCUGUUGAUUUAAGCAAAACCUUUUUCUCCCUCACCGCAAGCAUUAUUUGUAGAGUAGCUUUAGGACAGAAUUUCCAUGAGAGCGGAUUCGUUAUCGAUCAAGAUAGGAUCGAAGAACUCGUUACCGAAUCAGCGGAAGCUCUAGGGACUUUCACUUUCUCUGAUUUCUUCCCUGGUAGAGUUGGAAGAUUCGUAGAUUGGUUGUUUCGACGACACAAGAGGAUCAACAAAGUCUUUGAAGAACUUGAUGCUUUUUAUCAGCAUGUGAUUGAUGAUCACUUGAAGCCAGAAGGAAGGAAAAAUCCGGAUAUUGUAUCCUUGAUGUUGGAUAUGAUCGAUAAACACGGAAAUGCGGAUUCUUUCAAACUCGAUAUGGAUAAUCUCAAGGCAAUAGUCAUGGAUGUAUUUCUCGCGGGGAUAGAUACAAGCGCGGUCACUAUGAUUUGGGCGAUGACAGAACUCGCUAGGAACCCUAGAGUGAUGAAGAAAGCUCAAGAAAAUAUCCGAACCGUUCUCGGACACAAAAGGGAAAGAAUCACUGAAGAAGACCUAGACAAAGUUGAUUACUUGAAACUCAUAAUCAAGGAAACAUUCAGAUUACAUCCAGCACUUCCAUUCAUAAUCCCAAGGGAAACAAUGUCUCACUUCAAGAUUCAAGGCUACGAUAUUCCCCCGAAAACGCAAAUCCAACUUAACGUAUGGACGAUUGGACGUGACCCGAAUCGUUGGACCGACCAUGAAGAUUUCAUCCCUGAACGGUUUAGCAAUAGUUCUGUAGAUUUCAGAGGACAACACUUUGAGCUAUUACCGUUUGGUUCUGGUCGAAGGAUCUGUCCCGGGAUGCCUAUGGCGAUUGCGACCGUGGAGCUAGGAUUGAUGAAUUUGCUUUACUUUUUCGAUUGGAAAUUACCUGAUGGGAUGCAAAUUGGAGACAUUGAUAUGGAAGAAGCUGGUAAUAUCUCCAUUGUCAAGAAACUACCUCUUCUACUCGUUCCCGUUCAUCACUAUUAA